GUCACCAACUAACCAAUGAGAAUCCAGCGCUUCCUUCAAUUUCUAUCCCAUCCACAACCAGUGUGGGAGUAGGGUAGUCGCGCUCAUAUUUAAUUUCGAAUUAAUUUGUAAAUCUGUGUACACUCAAUUAUGGGGAAUACUCCGACUCACUAUAAAAGACGCUUUUCUGGAGACGUUUGUGGCAGACUCCCUAACUCAACACCACCUGGUGUCAGUGUUACUAUCCCUCCACCGAAAAAACGAAAUACUCAUAGUUUGACAGAUUUAUCACGUUCUGCUCCAGCCGAUUAUCCUAAUAAUGAAAUGUCAGUAAAUGACGACAAUGUUAGUCCUAAUGACAAAGAUACAAUCUCAGUUGAUGAAGCUACGUCAAUGAUGCGAGCUGCCAGUCUACGUGAACCUAUCAAUAUAAUCGAUGCUCAUGAUAGUCUUGAUGAUAAUAAUCGGUUAUACAAUGUGCUACCAUCUGACAAAAUGGUAACGUCAACAAUUUCUAGUGGUGAUGAGAAAAUUUCCAAUUUUCUUCAAGAAAGACCAUCUAGUGCAGGUCCAUCAUAUUCAACAGAUGAACAAAUAAUGUAUAAGCAUAGUCAACCACAAAUCAUUUUAAAUAAUGUUUCAAGAGAUCGUGCAAGAACUUUACCAUCCAGAAAGUUGGUUGGCUUAAAACUUCCUACUGUUUUUCGAUGGAAUGGUGGUGGUAAAGAUAUAUAUAUUAGUGGAACUUUUAAUAAUUGGGAGAAAAGGAUCCCUAUGGUUAAAAGAAACUCAGGAGUUUACGUAAUUAUUGAUUGUAAACCUGGUAUUCAUCAAUAUAAGUAUUUCAUUGAUGGGGCAUGGUAUCAUGACCCAACUAAACCAACUGUAGACAAUGAAUAUGGUACGAAAAAUAAUGUUGUUCAAGUCAGAUCAUCAGAUUUUGAUGUUCUACACGCGUUAGAACAUGAUCAAGCCAGUAGUCGAAGACGUUCAAAUAGUUCAGAAUCUAGCGAAGUAGACAAUUUGGGUGGUUACUCACCCCCUGGAGAAUAUGGUCGUUUUAUACCCGCAGAUAUAAGUGAGCUACAUAACAUAUCAACAUCAGUAUAUAGUCGACACAUGUCAAACGCACCAGGUAAGGGGUCGCCACCCCAACCUCCCCUACUACCACCACAUUUGUUACAGGGUAUUUUAAAUAUGGAUACAAACGCUCACUGUGAUCCUAAUCUGCUACCGCAACCAAAUCAUGUAAUUGUCAACCACCUAUAUGCCCUCUCAAUAAAGGACGGCGUAAUUGUGCUGAGUGUAAUCACACGCUUCAGGCAAAAAUUCGUGUCAACUCUUUUCUAUAAACCGAUUGAAGGAUGACCAAUAUAUACAUAUACAUAUUCCACUUGACUUCUUCUUGGUUACAAAUGGUUUAUGAAUCCACAGUUGCGAUUCACCUCUGAGUUACGAAUAUACGCUCAAAAUGUUUUUUAGCCCUUUAUAGAUUUUUAAAAAACUAUAUUGUUCUUUUGUAAUUCUUUAUGGGGAUAAGCAAUUAGAUU